AUGAAGAAUUUUAUCUUAAUUCUUGUUCUUGUUCUUGUGUCUUUCUUCGGAACCCUCGGAUCUUUUGCUGCUAAACCUGCACCAGCUCGUGCAACUGCUGUUGCAAGUAUUCAGGAUGCAACUUGUCCAGUUGAAUGUACAGGUGGUACAUGUUGUACGGAUUAUAACUAUUAUUGCUGUAACGAUGAUCUUGGAGGGUGUUGUGAAAUUGGAACAGAGU